AUGGCUUUUUCCUCCCGCCGUGGAGGUGGUGGUUGGGUCCAUUCCCUCCUCCCAACCACAGCCACAAAAUCCACUUCCAAACAAACCCGCAGUAGCCUCAAGCCCCGCCGGCGUACCACCGCCGCCUUCCGUGACUUUAUCCUCUCCAACUUCUUCACAAUCGGGAUUUUAUUUUCUCUUUUUCUUUUCCUUUUCCUCCUGUUUCGCUUUGGUGUACCCAGGCCUCACCAGUUUCGGGCCGCCCGGUCCCGACUCCCUCGGUCCCGGAAGCCCGUCAUCCAUAAGUCUGUUAACGACACCUUUUUGACGGCCGCCGUUGAUAUUACCACCAAAGAACUGUAUGAUAAGAUCCAGUUCUUGGAUAAGGAUGGUGGUCCUUGGAAACAGGGGUGGAAGGUGACUUACAAAGGGACUGAAUGGAAUAAUGAAAAAUUGAAAGUGUUCGUGGUGCCGCAUUCGCAUAAUGAUCCAGGCUGGAAACUCACUGUUGAAGAGUAUUACGAUCGCCAGUCCAGGCAUAUUCUUGACACAAUUGUUGAAACACUUUCCAAGGAUAAUCGUCGUAAAUUUAUAUGGGAAGAGAUGUCUUAUCUGGAAAGAUGGUGGAGGGAUGCUUCAGAUGUUAAAAAAGAAUCCUUCAUCAAUUUAGUGCAGAAUGGACAGUUGGAAAUUGUCGGAGGUGGAUGGGUGAUGAAUGAUGAGGCUAAUUCACAUUAUUUUGCUAUCAUUGAACAGAUUACAGAGGGAAAUAUGUGGUUGAAUGAGACUGUUGGAGUAAUUCCAAAAAAUUCUUGGUCCAUUGAUCCAUUUGGGUAUUCGUCCACCAUGGCUUAUCUUCUCCGCCGGAUGGGGUUUGAGAACAUGCUUAUACAGAGGACACAUUACGAGUUGAAGAAGGAGCUGGCGUGGGAUAAAAAUUUGGAGUAUGUUUGGCGCCAGAGCUGGGAUGCUGAGGAAACAACUGAUAUUUUUGUCCACAUGAUGCCCUUCUAUUCUUAUGAUAUUCCACAUACUUGUGGGCCAGAGCCUGCUGUUUGUUGUCAGUUUGAUUUUGCUCGAAUGCGUGGCUUUGUUUAUGAGCUCUGCCCCUGGGGAGAACAUCCUGUGGAAACCAACCAGGAAAAUGUGAAGGAGAGAGCACUUAAAUUAUUGGAUCAGUAUAAGAAGAAAUCAAUACUUUACCGAACAAAUACACUUCUUGUUCCACUUGGAGACGAUUUCCGCUACAUCAGUAUUGAUGAAGCAGAAGCCCAGUUCAGGAAUUAUCAGUUGUUGUUUGAUUAUAUUAAUUCUGAUCCUAGCUUGAACGCUGAAGCUAAUUUUGGGACUUUGGAAGAUUAUUUCCGAAUGUUACGUGAGGAAGCUGACAGAAUAAAUUAUUCACGUCCCGGUGAGAUUGGCUCUGGUCAGAUUGGAGGCUUUCCUUCUCUAUCUGGCGACUUCUUUACAUAUGCUGACAGAAAUCAAGAUUAUUGGAGCGGCUAUUAUGUCUCCAGACCUUUCUUCAAGGCCGUUGACCGUGUAUUGGAGCAAACACUUCGUGGUGCAGAAAUGAUGAUGGCCUUUUUAUUGGGAUACUGCCAGAAACCACAAUGCGAAAAGUUACCUACUGGGUUUUCAUACAAGUUGACAGCCGCUAGACGGAACUUAGCACUAUUUCAGCAUCAUGACGGUGUGACUGGUACAGCUAAGGAUCAUGUGGUUGAAGAUUAUGGGACACGGAUGCAUAUGGCUUUACAGGACCUGCAAAUUUUUAUGUCUAAGGCUAUUGAAGUUUUGCUUGGAAUUCAUCACGAGAAAAAUGAUCAUAACCCAGCUCAGUUUGAACCGGCCCAAGUAAGAUCUAAAUACAAUGUUCAACCAGUGCAUAGAGCAAUCAGCUUGCAUGAAGGAACUGUGCAAACUGUGGUCAUUUUUAAUCCUCUGGAGCAAACGAGUAAUGAGGUUGUGAUGAUUGUUGUUGAAAGGCCUGAUGUUACUGUUUUGGACUCGAACUGGACAUGUGUCAAAAGCCAAAUCUCUCCCGAACUGCAUCAUGAUAAAAGCAAGAUGUUUACGGGAAAACAUCGUGUCUAUUGGAAAGCUUCUAUUCCUGCUUUGGGAUUGCAAACAUAUUAUAUCGCGAAUGGAUUUGUUGGAUGUGAGAAGGCCAACCCGGCAAGACUGAGAGUUUUCACUCCGUCCAAUGACCUAUCUUGUCCAGCUCCAUAUGCUUGUACAAAAUUAGAAAGUGACACGGUUGAAAUCAGGAAUCAACACCAGACACUCACGUUUAGAGUGAAUCACGGUGUAUUGCAGAAAAUCAGUCAUAGUGAUGGUCAUGUGUAUGUUGUGGAUGAAGAAAUAGGAAUGUACUCUAGUACUGAGAGUGGAGCAUAUCUAUUUAAACCAAAUGGCGAGGCUGAGUCUAUUAUCCAAGCUGCAGGGCAAAUUGUGGUUUCAGAGGGCCACUUGGUGCAGGAAGUUCACUCUUACCCAAAAACAGCAUGGGAGGCGUCUCCUGUCUCUCAUAGCACCCGUAUUUAUAAUGGUGAAAAUACGGUACAGGAAUUUGUCAUUGAGAAGGAGUAUCACGUUGAGCUUCUUGGGAAUGAUUUCAAUGAUAAAGAAUUGAUAGCUAGAUACAAGACUGAUAUUGAUAACAGAAGAGUCUUUUACUCGGAUCUAAAUGGAUUCCAAAUGAGCCGGAGGGAAACUUAUGAUAAGAUCCCUCUGCAAGGAAAUUACUAUCCAAUGCCCUCCCUCGCAUUUAUGCAAGACCCAAAUGGACAACGCUUCUCUGUUCAUACACGGCAGUCCUUAGGUGUUGCUAGCUUAAAAAAUGGGUGGUUGGAGAUCAUGCUUGAUCGUCGACUGGUGAGGGAUGAUGGCCGUGGUCUAGGCCAAGGAGUGAUGGAUAACCGUCCUAUGAAUGUACUUUUCCAUAUCCUCGUGGAGUCAAACAUUUCAACGUCUGUAAAUCUAACUCCAAAUCCUUCGCCACGGAGUCCCUCUCUCCUCUCUCAUCUUGUUGGUGCUCACUUGAACUAUCCAUUAAAUGUAUUCAUUGCUAAGAAACCUCAAGAAAUAUCCGUACAACCACCUCCGAGAUCCUUCUCUCCAUUGGCAGCUUCCUUGCCUUGUGAUUUGCAUGUCAUGAGUUUUAAGGUUCCUCAGCCACUAAAAUACUCCCAGCAGACAGUCGAGGAUUCCAGGUUUGUUCUUGUGUUGCAGAGACGACAUUACGACUCCUCUUACUGUAGAAAGGGCAGGUCUCGAUGCUCGAAUCUGGCUGAUGAACCAGUCAAUUUGUUUGAUAUGUUCAAAGGGUUAGCAGUUCUGAAUGCGAAACCUACCUCUCUGAAUCUUUUACAUGAAGACACUGAUAUGCUUGGGUAUGAUAGGCAGUUUGGAGAUGGUGCCCAGGAAGGGCAUGUUCUUAUUUCUCGCAUGGAAAUACAGGCUUACAAAUUACAAUUACGACCCCAUCAAUGA